AUGACGCCAAUUCAUAUUCUUCCGGUACAGAUGCAGAAAGAUCUACUAAAGGAACUGAGCGAUAAAGCUGUGAAAUGUAAUCGUGAUGAAGUAUUGCUGCAAGUUCUGUCAGACAUGGGGGCUUCGUUUGAUUGCGCAAGCAAGAAAGAAAUUGAAGCCGUCUUACAUCUUGGUGUAUCUCCUACCCGUAUCGUGUAUGCUCACCCAUGUAAACCUGUUUCGAGUUUGAUUUUUGCGAAAAGCCGGGAUGUAUCCUUGGUGACUUUCGACAAUGUAAAUGAACUUAAGAAAGUGAAAGAGACUUAUCCUUCAGCUAGGUUACUGUUACGAUUACUACCAGAGAAAGAAUUCAAUGCGAGAUUACAGUUUAGCGGCAGAUAUGGUUGCUCUUCCACAGAGGUUAGACACAUACUUCAGACGGCGAAAGAUCUUGAUCUUAACAUUGUAGGAGUAUGCUUUCAUGUUGGAAGUGACAUACAAGAACCCAGAGCUUAUGUUCCCAUUUUGCAACAAUCCAGAUCCGUUUUUGACAUUGCACGUAGGAUGGGAUUUAACAUGAAUAUACUAGAUAUUGGCGGGGGAUUUCCUGGUGAACAAAACACCUUUGAACGAUUUAAAGAGAUCACUGAGGUCAUUAACGAAACCUUGCUCGAUUUAUUCCCGCCGGAGGACAACGUUGAGAUAAUUGCUGAGCCCGGCCGAUAUAUAGCAGCUUCUGCUUUUACAGUAGUUGCCAGUAUCGUGAGCAAAAGAUGCUAUCAAAGCAGUGCUAAUGUUAAUGGAGAAGAUGAGGUGAACAGACAAGACAGUGCAAAGCCUGAAAGCAAGGUUACGACCUAUUCCGUGAAUGACAGUGUAUUUGGGAACUUUAUGUUUGGUUGGUUGUACAAGCCAGGAUCUGUGAUAUAUAUCCCUAAGGUUGUGAAGGCUACGGGAGAUAAUGUGGGCCGUGAGAGUACAGUGAUUGGAUGUACACUAGCCCCUGGAGAUAUCAUAAGCGUGUCAGUAAUGUUACCUAACCUUGACGUCGGCGACUGGAUUUACUACGAAGAUAUGGGUGCUUACACUCUCAGUACGGCUACAAGAUUUAACGGGUUGGACGUACCUGCUAUAACAUACCAUUGUUUGGAAGAGUUGUGGUACCAAGUAUAUCCGGAUAGCAAGAUCGAGGAAGACUCAGUCAACUGAUUUAUACAGUGAAUUGUAUGAUGCUAUGCAUCGUACACUUAAAGCUUAUAUCUCUGAGGGAUUUAAAUGUACUCUUUGUUUCUUUAUUUCUCUACAAAUCCAUCUAUUUAGUUUGUUUUUUGAAUCUAUAUGACUGUUUGUUUCAUAUAAAGUGAUCUGGUCUUUUGUUGGUUAAGUUGUAAAAUAACAUAUCUUCUUUAUGCACAAAGAAGCGUUAAAAGAAAACAAAUUUUCAUUUUUAAAUUAAUGAAGAUACACAAGGGGGUAAUCUAUAAUGCUUUUCAUUCACAUGAACAAAAGCUGAACUGUUUGGUCAACUUUAUUUGAUUAGCCUAACAGAAAAUCGUCAAUUUAUUUAUGAACUUGGAUGCAUUAUAAUAAUAAUACCCACUUAGUAUUUAAGAUCUGUAUCUCUUUUUCUAGUUUUCCUAUGAGUAUUGAAUACUGAGGCAUGUAUGAAAUGCGCGGAGGCCUUUAUUCGUAUUUUAAUCAUUUAACCAUAUAUUUCAUUUCUAAUAUAUUAAACUGGAAUUUGUGAGAAAUAAUCAUAGCCUGUAUGUACGGUUUUGUUUCAUCAUUUACAUUGCUUUAAAUAAAGUUUUACAUGCUUUCUUCGAAUUAUCAAUCUCAA